AAAGCAAUAAAUGGAAACCCCACAAUCCUAAGAAAAUAUCAGAAUCACUCUCUCUCCACCCACAAAUCUUCAAGGUACUGCCUACCCAUUGAUUAGCUCUCAAAGAUGAAGACAGGCAUGGCAAAGACCUCUGAGGACUUCUCCUCCAAAACCCACUUCCGUUGGACAAACAAGGUUACUAAUGAAGAAGAAGAAGAAACAGCUCCAACCUUGAAGCCUGAGCAUGAAAAAGAAGAGUCUGAUAAGGUGCCAAGGAAAGAAUCACAAAGAAGGAAACUCCAGGGAAUGGCAGUUUCCAGGCUGCGAUCGGUUCUCGCUGUGUUUGGCAAGAACCAAUCACACUGGCCAUUGGGCUUAGGCCCAAAAGUUAUCGGUACCCUUUUUGGAUACCGACAUGGGCACGGGCACGUGCACUUUGCAUUUCAAAAAGAUGCCAACUCGGAGCCUGCCUUCUUGAUCCAACUCGCUACUCCGAUUAGCGUGUUGGUCCGGGAAAUGGCUUCCGGAUUGGUCAGAAUUGCACUGGAGUGCGAUAAGGAUGAGGAAGAGGACAAGGAGGAAGAGAAAAAGGCAGUCAGGACGGGGAAGGGGAGGAGGAGGAGGAGGCGGCUGCUGCUGGAGGAGUCACGGUGGAGAACUUACUGUAAUGGGAAGAAGUGUGGGUUUGCGACCAGGAGAGAGUGCGGUCCCAAGGAGUGGAAGGUGUUGAAAGCUGUGGAGCCUAUUUCAAUGGGUGCUGGUGUCUUGCCAGAGAAUAAUGGUGGUGGAGGAGAAGAGUUUGGUGGCGAUGGUGGCAGCGACGGUGGUGAAGUUAUGUAUAUGAGGGCCAAGUUUGAAAGGGUUGUUGGGUCUAGAGAUUCUGAGGCUUUUUAUAUGAUGAACCCAGAUAGUAACGGCGCUCCUGAACUUAGUAUUUACUUGCUCAGAGUCUAAUAAGCCUGCCAUGGAAACUCUGAUCAGCUUCUUAGGGUUUUUUUUUUUUUUUUUUCCCCAGUAUUUUGAGACUUAAGUAGUGAUGAAACUAAUGGUAGCUCUUGAGCCAACAUGGAGGUCUAGUUCUCUCUAAUCUCUCUCUCUCUAGAAAUGGAAAAGUGGGUAUUUGUUUUUCGUUUUGGCUGGAAUGAUAAAGAUUUAUGUAUAUAAUCUCAAUUGUACAAUGGUAGGAAGGACUUUGGAGGCAUUAUGUAUGGGCACCGGAUCUUAUGUCUCUAAUUUAUGUGUUAUUCUAUUCUAUCACAAAACAUUUGUAGUUGUUGAAUUAUGUAGCGAGAUUUUCAUCUCAAA